AUGCCCUGAUGGCUGAGAGCUCGACGAUCUUGAAUCAGCUGGCUAGGGUUUUGGAGUCCGAGAGUGGAUUCAGCAAGGAGAAUGCUUGUGUUGCCCUAAAAAACCUAACUUUGGUUAAAGAGAAUGCGAUCUUUAUCAGUUCGAGAGGCGGAAUCGCUUCUCUCCUCGAAAUUUGCGGGUCGGGGACGCCUUCUGCGGUCGCGGUUGCUGCCGGAGUCUUGAGGAAUCUCGCCGGAGUUCAAGAACUCAGGCAGAGUUGUCUAGAAGAGAAUGCGGUUCCUGUGUUGAUUAGGGUUUUGAAGUCUGGGACUGUGAUUGCUCAGGAGAAUUCGAUGGGUUGUUUGUGUAAUUUGGCUGCAGGGACUGAUGAUGAUUACUCGAUCAAAAUUGCUAUUUUUAAAGAAGGGGUUUUAGAUUGUAUGAUGGAUUACAUGGAAGGUGAUCGAAAUUCACAGCCGGCGAUUGGGUUAUUGAGAAAUCUAGCUUCUUUAAAGUAUAUCUCAGAUAUCAUUCAAUCAUCUGAACUAUUCAUAAGAGUAAUCCUAGAGUUGGAUAGUUCAAGCCCAGGUACAAGAACAGAGGCAGCAAGGGCCAUUACUGAGCUCAAUUCGAAGUCAAGAAAAGAGAUUGUAAACGCAAUUCCUAAGCUUGUGAGGAUGAUGGAAGCAAAGGGGUCGGAGGAAAAGGAAGCAGCCGCGGAGGCUUUGGCUUCGAUAUUGAAGUCUUCAUCGGGGAUGAAGAGAGAGUUUAGGAAAGAGGAGAGGGGGAUUGUGAAUGCUGUGAUGCUUCUUGAUCCUCUGGUGGGCGAUGUUGAGAAGAAGUAUGUGAUUGAAGUUUUGCUCUCGGUUUCUCAGUCGAGGAAGUCUAGAAGGCAAAUGGUGGCUCUUGGGGCUUGUGUGUUCUUGAAGAGGCUUGCCGGGAUGGAGGUUGAGGGAGCUAAAAAGCUUCUUGAAUGCUUGGAGAAAGGAAAGUUUCUGGGGGUUUUCCCACGAAAUUGAUGGCUGGCAAUUGAAUUCAGGGGCCUUCGAUGAGCUGUAUGUACAAAUAACCGCUGUUUUCGAUUUCUCAUCCUCUUGUUGAUUUGUGUAGAAUACUACAGAUAUGUUUGAUUUUGUACAUGUUUUGCAUGUUAAUUAUGUGUAUUGGGGAAAAAGAUUUGUAGUGGCUCAUGGGCUUUUUGAAUAUCCUGUUAACACUUUGAAUAAGCAGGAGAAUGUUCGGAAAUCGUUUCUCUUGAUUGUUGUUGUAAUGCGUUUGUAUCUUAUGUAUGAUUUGAUUCAUUA